GUACGUCGGCCAGAGAGCGCCAAGGAGUGCCAUUGUCACUGCCUCGGCGGAUUUCUCGUCAGUCAGUCGGUGGCCAGCGUUCUGAGCGACUGGAACAGCUUCGGAGCGGCUCCAAGCGCUCUAGCCAGGAUCAUAAUAGGUCUAGUAGUGCGUCUGCUUGCCGAGGCAUACGGACGGCGUUUGUGAAUUUGGAGUAUCGUUGUGACUGUAGCUAACAAAAUGGGCGGACGAACGGCAUUCCUCGCUCUUUUCCUAAUGGUGUCUUUCUACGCUGUGUCUGCCGAACCGGUUGUUCAGAGCCUGUCGGAGACGCAGGAGACUCUGGAGGACCUGAGCCACCCGUGUGCCCGCGAAUGUCGGCCUAAGGACACGAGGACGUGCCACUACCAUUUCAAGGUAGAAUGGUACAUCACGAUGAGCAAGGCCUGUUACGACUGUCCGUUCAACCUGACGGACUGCGCCCGUCCGCACUGCGUCGCCGCCGACGGAGUUGAGAGGCCCAUUGUGACUGUCAAUCGCAGACUCCCAGGGCCUGCAAUUCAUGUGUGCCUCGGAGACGAAAUCAUCGUGGACGUCGAGAACGACCUAAUGAGCGACUCCACGUCUAUCCACUGGCAUGGCAUCCACCAGAGCGGCACUCAGUACAUGGAUGGCGUGCCUUUCGUUACCCAGUGCCCCAUUCCAGCUGGGAACACCUUCAGGUACCAUUUCUUGGCAGAAAACGCUGGCACUCAUUAUUGGCACUCGCAUUCAGGUAUGCAAAGAACCGAUGGCAUGUUCGGAUCCCUUGUGGUCAGAGAGCCAGUGGAGGACGACCCUGUGAAAGAUUAUUACGACAUAGACGACUUCAGCCACAUGUUCAUUCUCACAGACUGGAUGGACGGUUUGGGCAUUGAUAAGUUCGUCAAUCACCAUCACACAGAGCAUGAAAACAAGCCAUACAACAUUUUAGUGAACGGAAGAGGAAAGCACAUGAUACACGAGAAGGACGGAUUGGAAGUCUAUGCUCCUCUACAGGAGAUCAUUGUGAAACCAGGGUAUCGUCAUCGUCUGAGAGCAGUCAGCAACAGCAUCCAAAACUGCCCAAUUGUCAUUUCAGUGGACAACCACACUCUAAUACCUAUUGCUAGUGAUGGCAUGCCUCUUGAACCCUUUCAAGUGGACUCUCUUACCAUAUAUGGUGGGGAGAGAUGGGAUUUUGUCGUCAAUGCGUCUGAGGAAAUGGGAACGUAUUGGAUAAAAUUCCAAGGCCUUUUGGAUUGUGAUGAACGGUUCAAGUCAGCUUAUCAAGUUGCAGUCAUGAGGUAUGAAGGUGCUAUAGGUUUCCCAGAUAGUUUGGAAAACGUGCCUUAUGAAUCUACUAUCCCAGAAGGCUUUAACAUAAACAAGCUAAAUGCAGCCCCAGGUGACGGUACCUUCUUCACUGCUGCAGAAAUGCGUUCUCUUGAUCAAGAUGAUUCAUUUGCUCGAGAACCAGACCACAAAUUCUGGCUUCACUAUGAUUUCAAGAACAAGGACAACUAUCUCUUCCAUAAUAAAGAGUACUACCCAUUUUUGUCAGUGGUGAAGCAACGCCAGGUCUACAUUCCCCAGAUAAAUGAGAUUAGCUUGAGAUUGCCCAACGUUCCCCCCUUAUCACAGCCAGAUGACGUUGAGUAUAGCUCCUUCUGUAAUGACACAUCUAAGCCAAACUGUAAAGGGGAGUUUUGUUACUGCCCUCAUGUUCUGAAUGUUGAAAAGGACAGCCUUGUGGAGCUCAUUUUGGUGGAUGAAGGUUUUGUGUACUGGGCCAACCACCCAUUCCAUCUCCAUGGUCAUACGUUUAAAGUUGUGGGAAUGGGAAGAUUGGGUGAAAACACCACUUUACAAGCGAUCAAGGACUUGGAUGAGGAGGGAUUAUUGGAACGUAACUUUGACCAUCCACCCACGAAAGAUACCGUGACCGUACCUGAUGGAGGCUAUACUAUCGUUCGUUUUAUUGCAAAAAAUCCAGGAUAUUGGCUCUUCCACUGUCAUCUUAGCUUCCACGUGGAGGUUGGGAUGGGUCUGAUUUUCAAAGUCGGUGAACGUUCUAUGCUGCCAAAAGUUCCGAAGGAUUUCCCUCGAUGUGGUCACUGGAAGCCAAAACCUGACCCUGAUUUUAGGAAGAAUCUGUAUACCUUUUUGAAGGAUCAACAUGAAGGGAAAGUGUCAGUUAGCUUGGAUCUUUUGCCUUCAGGGGAUAAAGGUGCAGGGCCCACUUACAUUGCUGUGCCUGGCAACCCGAAUGUUCGACCAUUUUCAUCAGGUCAAGACGGUCUCAUGCUUAUGUUAUCUGUUCAUUUCUUUUCCUUGGUUAUGAUGCUUUUACUGAGGUAGCUCAGUUUUUGAUGGAUUGCAUUCCACCAAACAUUAGCAUAAGCUGUAUUCCAAAGACAAAUAUCUAUUAUGUGUUUCUGUUGGACCAUAUCACUUUUUGGAAUUCAGAAAGUACAAAUUAUUCCAAAUUUUGAGGCUUAUAUUUAAUACAGAAUAUUUUUCUAAAACAGAAACUUGUUUUUGCAACUAAAUUUCAUUAGAUAUGUUACCACAGAGCAGUACACAGUACUUUAUUACUAAUCUAUAAUUAAGAUAUAUAGCACAAGAGUAUGCUGCCUUACUUAGAAGGAAGUAAAAUGCUCAAAGACUAGUAUCCUUGCUGCACAGUGGAUAAGCUUUACAUGAUUCUUCUAUGAGUGAUAAGCUUUGAUGGUGCACAUGGAAGAAGAAAUGAGUCUUUAUGGCUAUUCUGUGAUAGUUUUCUAAGCAAUUAGUAUCUCAUGGCUAGUGAGGGCUGAACUAACAAGAGAACUGUAAAUCUUAUACAUAAAUGAAUUAUUUAAGUGAUUUCUGUACAUUUCGAAUGAGAUAUUUAUUUAUGGUAUGGUUUCCAAUACUAGAUAUAAUUACACAUAAAGGUUAAAUUUCCAUUGCUGGUGUAUCUUUAUAGUAUUUUGAGAUGCAGUAAUUUAUGAGUUGUGUUUCAUGAGUAAAGUGAAAGGAAAUAAUAGCUAGAAAAAGAGGUUCAAGUUAUGAGCGAUAAAUUGCUAGGUACUGUUAGGAAGUUUCGCCAGUAUUAAUGUAAAGAAAAACAAAUAGCUUUGGCGUUCAGUCAUACUGUAGUUAGAGGUUGUUCCACAAUACUAGCAAAAAAAUAUAAAAAAUGCACCCAAUGACAUUGAAGGAAACCAAGGCAUGAAAUACAGUUUUUAUAAAAGACAUCAUAUUACACAAGAAAUAGAUUGCAUUUUAUCCAAUUACUGAUGGGCAUUGCUCAGGUUUAGCCUCUUACUUCCAUUAAUGUAUUAGAAAGUAUCAUAAACUAUUUAUUCCUAUUCAACUAGAGUGGUAGUUGUAACUUUUAUGUGAUAGUAAGAAUGUAUUAGUCCCUAAAUUUUUGUUACUGUUAUGUAUUGGGUAUUGGGAAGGGUUCAUGAUUCAUUCUCUUUGUAAAAUAGUGUAGUCCUCUUCUUGCACUAAGAUGUUUUUGAUAGUUUUUGUCCUCAGCAUUAUCUUUCCUAGUUAUAUAAUUUUUUUCUGUGAUUCUUUAAUAUUAAGUACGUACUUUGAAAGGUAUGGUAUAUUUGUUAUUGCAGUUCCUCACAGAAUAUUACAAAGUUUGUUAUAUUUUAAAUUUCGUAGAGAUACAAGAGGGAUGUUAACCUCAGGUGCAGUAAAUAUUGUUCAAGUCUUCAGAGAUUUUAUCUAUAUUCUAAAAAUAAAUUUACUAUUACUAAAAAAUCUGGAAGUUGAAAAUAACUUAUUAUUGUUAGACAUUGUGCAAGGGCAUCUCAACCACACUUUCCAUAGUUAAUCCUCUCUGCCUUUUGUGAAGUACUAAAUGAAAGUAUAUACCAUGUCUGUUUCUUGAAAAAUAUGAAGUGUAAGAUGUAAAAUCAUGUGAGGGCAUUGUUACACAUAUAAGCUGGCUUAGAAUCUGAUGCUGAUUGAGUUUUGUGAAAGAGUUGGGGUAGAAGUAAUUUAGUUUGUGGUUCUUGUCUUAUAAUUAAAACCAUAGCUCUUUAGCUUUCAUAUUGUCUUAGCACUUCAUGCAUUGUGAAUGACAUUAUCAGAAGGAUAUUACUUGUAGGUACCUUGUAAUUAAUAUGCAGUUGAGGAAAUUUGCAGGUUGAACAUAGGGGUAGAUGCCUCAGACAGUGUACUUUUUAUGUCCUGUGGUUAUCAGAUGAAUAGAACUCUUUUCAAUAUGUGAAUCUCCCAAUAUCAAGGAAGAUCACGUGCACCUAUUUUCAGUGGGAAAGUGAUGUGAUUUUUAUUAAUUUAUGAAUUUAUUUUUGAGCUCUCACUUUGUUGUUUUUAUUGGAAUAUGAUUUAAUGUGUAUGUUCCUAACUAGCUGUAGAUGAUUGCAAGUAGCCUUGUUUUGUUGUGUAAACCUUAUGAACAUUCAGUGGAAUGGAGUUCUUUUUGUGUUGCUGCUCUACUGACUUUCAGUUUUAAACAUCGUACUGUAAUAAAUAAA